AUGAUUCCGUGGAACAAGCUUCCGAAGUCUUUCCGCGAAGCAAUGCAGAUAACCCGAAGACUUGGAGUUGAGUAUAUAUGGAUUAAUUCUCUUUGCAUAAUUCAAGAUGACUCCAGAGAUUGGGAACACGAAGCUGCCAUUAUGGGGAAGAUUUAUGAGCAGUCUUAA